AUGGCUCACUUCUCUGUGGAAUGGCUCUCUAAGAGUUAUUAUGAGGAUUCAGAAGUCCAAAGAGAAAAUGAGGAAUUUAAGAAGGAACCGAGAUGCCACUACCCCCCCACAUCACCAAACAAUAGCUGCUGCUACACUUCGGGCUCUGAGAGUGAGGUGGGGGAGGACAGCGAGGGGGAGGCCGGCCAGCAGAGAAGGAUGAGGACCAAGUUCACCUCCGAGCAGAUCAGCAAGCUGGAAAGUGCGUUCAGCAAGCACAGAUACCUGGGAGCCAUGCAGAGGAGGAGGAUCUCAGAGAGGCUGAAGCUCUCUGAGACUCAGGUGAAAACCUGGUUUCAGAACCGGAGGAUGAAGCUGAAACGGGAAGUCCAGGACCUGCGGCCCGACUUCCGGUCCGUCCAGGACCUGCGACUCGACUUCCGGUCCGUCCAGGACCUGCGGCCUGACUUCCGGUCCGUUCCCGCCGCCCUCGUGUUUCAGCACCCCGCGCUGAGCGGACAGCUCCCCGGCGCCGCCAGCGGCUUCUCCCGGCAGCAGCAGCCGCUCCGCAGCGCCUCCCUGCCGGCCGCGCUGCUCCAGCAGCCCCGGCCCCUCCCGGUCCUCAGGCCUCCACACUUCUACUGA